AUGGUGAAUUACUCCAGGAUCGGGGUGCAGUCCCGGAAACUUGGAAUCACAGUUAAUGCGAACACGCGGAAAGAUGACACCGGAAUGGAUAGCAUUGACGAUUUUUUCAAUCAGGGACUUGACGAUGAUGAAGAAGAGGAAGACUCCACUGUGGUGAAGGAGGAAUACGAUGCUGAUUCCGAGGGCCAGCCGUAUGCGGAUGCCAGUGAAAUGCCGGAUAUUGGAGAUACGCCCGACGAAGAUUUUGUGAAUGCGACCGGAAUGUCACCAGUGAAACCGCGAAAGAAACGGUAUAGCAGAAGGCUGGAUUCGUCCCCUUUGGAAGGGGCCAGCCCUGCUUCCGUGAGAUCACCCCACGUUGGCAAGCGUACCCCUCUUGAAGAACCCGUUUCGGCAGAGACAUUGAUACAGAACUUGGAUCAGCUGAGUCCGGACUCGGAUAUAGAUGAUGGAGUCAAAAAGGGCAAAGCUGUGAAGAAAACUGGUAACCUUGCCAAGAAGGGUGGAUCUAUAACGAAACAGAUAGCGCUAACCAAGAGGAAGAGGAAAAUGGUAAUACCGCCAACGCAAGAAACUCCGAACUCAGAAGACGAACAGGAGCCUAUAUUUGAUGAUGAUGAGGGCCAGCCACAGAAAACCUCGAGGUCUGCCUCUGUAACUGAAGAGGGCUUGAGGAGAUCGAAAAGAACCAGGGUGAAGCCACUGGCCUACUGGAGAAACGAGAGGGUGAUCUAUGAACCUGUGCAAGAGGCUGGUGCGCAUUUGAGUGUGAUAAAGAGCGUGGCGAGAAACGAUAUGCAAGCUCCUAGUGUGACCGCCAGGAAAACGUCCAGGUCGUCCUCUGCUUCUACCACGCGAAAGAAGACACAGACAUCCGCACUGAACGUCUCGGAACUCGAGGGUGCAGAAUGGCUCAAAGAUGGCCAUUUAACUGCCGAGUUGUACGAUACCCCAAAUUCGAACCAUUUAACCAUGCGAAAGAUUGCAUUUAACUCCGGCAACCCAGAAAAAGAAACCGAGGUCAAAGGAGAUGGCGAAGAUUACAAAAUCUUCACUCUUUUCGACCAGGACUCGGAGUUUGCAGGCGGAGGAUUCAUAGAGAUACCCGUUGGCGGUUCCAAGGCUGAGAAACCAAACACAAACACAUAUUUUAUCUUCUAUGUCGCACAGGGAGUGCUGAGGGUGAGAGUUUCUGGAACAGAGUUUGUGGUGAGUGGAGGCUGUGCUUUUGAAAUUCCGAUGGGCAAUUUGUACGAGUUUAGCAACAUCGGGAACUCGACUGCAAAGUUGUUCUUUGUUCAGACGAGACUGGUGGUUGUCCAGAAAAGCGAUAGUUUCGAAUAUGACUCGUGA